AUGUGGCAGUUCAUAAGGUCACGAAUACUUACGGUGAUAAUCUUCAUAGGAGCUGCUCACGGAAUACUGGUUGUGGGCCCCAAAUUCAUUCGGGCCAACCAGGAUUACACGGUUGUGAUCAGUAACUUCAACUCGAAUGUGAGCAAAGUGGACCUGAUGCUACGGAUGGAAGGCCGAUCCAAUGAUGGCAGAAGUGUGCUGAACUUAACGACUACGGUUGAUGUGCAACGAAACACGAACGGGAGGAUCACUUUCAAUAUGCCUGCGAACUUAUCAGCUGGAAUUUACAAAAUCAUCGUUGACGGGCAACGUGGCUUUAGCUUUCAUAAGGAAGCCGAGUUGGUACACCUUAGCAAAACCAUAACCGGUUUAAUACAGAUCGAUAAGCCCGUGUACAAACCGGGCGAUACGGUAAAAUUUCGUGUGAUUGUGCUGGACUCUGAGCUGAAGCCUCCUGCACGGGUAAAAUCAAUUCAGGUGACAAUCCGUGAUCCUCGGACAAAUGAGAUCCGAAAGUGGUCGACGGCCAAACUGUACGCUGGAGUGUUCGAGGGUGAUCUUCAGAUCGCGCCUACUCCAAUGCUCGGAAUAUGGAGCAUCUCGGUAAAGUUGGACGGAGAAGAACUCGUAUCAAAAACGUUCGAGGUGAAGGAGUACGUGUUGUCCUCUUUUGACGUAGAGGUGAUACCGUCCGUCGUUCCUCUGGAGAAGCAUCAAGGAUUGACUCUGACGAUAGAUGCUAACUACCACUUUGGCAAACCGGUAAAGGGAAUUGCUAAGUUUAAGGUGUACUUGAUAAACGGUAUCCUGGACCGGGAGAAUGUGUUCGAAGUGUAUGGGAAGAGGCAGGUGCAGCUACAAUUCAAGGAUUACUUCCAAAUGCAGGAAUAUCGGCAAGAUGUGAUCGUAAAUACGACAUUCAUCGAGCAUGCUACAAAUCGCACUGUCGUGAAGCAAUCCGACAUCACGGUGUACAAAUAUAUGUACAGUGUGGAAUUGAUUAAGGAAAGUCCACAAUUUCGCUCAGGACAUCCAUUUAAGUGUGCGCUUCAGUUCCGAUACCACGAUGGAACACCUGCUAAAGGUAUCACCGGGAAGGUGGAAGUAUUGGAAAUUGAUUACGAAAAACGUCUCACUAGUGACGACGAAGGUUUGAUCAAACUCGAACUAAAUCCAAGCGACAAUACAACACAGAUGGAAGUAGUCUGCUCUACUGGGGACAAUAUAAAUUUAUUAAGCGAAAUAGUACACAGAGUGGAUGUGGUGACGAAUGUGUACCUCAAACUGGAAUUAAGAUCUGCAAUACAAUCAAAUAGUAUUUUGCAGUUUAUGGUUACGUGCAACGAACGCAUGUCAUUCUUCGUGUACUACAUAGUGUCGAAGGGCAAUAUAAUUGAUUCCGGUUACAUGAGGCUGAACAGUCAGAAAAAAUUUUUAUUAAAAUUGCAGGCCACACAGGAGAUGCUUCCAAAGACGAAACUUAUUGUAGCGACUGUAGCGAGCCGUACUGUAGUAUACGAUGAAAUGACCAUCGAUUUCAAAACACUUCGUAACAAUUUCGAAUUGAACAUCGAUGAGGCAGAAAUUAAACCGGGCGGACAAAUUGUACUUCGCAUGUCUGGGCGACCAGGAGCGUACGUAGGAUUGGCGGCUUACGAUAAAGCUCUACUCUACUACAAUUCGAACCACGACGUUUUUUGGGAGGAUGUUAUGCGCGAGUUUGAUGGAUUUCAUAAGAACGAUGAAAACGAGUUUGACAAGUUUCAUAGUAUGGGACUGUUUGGUAUGACGUUAGCUGGUAUCCAGUUUGAAGGGGCCAAUGACAAGUCGGCACGUGAUGGUCUACAGGCAAAAAAUCCCAUCACCAGACUGGUCCCGUACAGGACAAACUUUCUAGAAUCGUGGUUAUGGCAGAAUGUGACUAUUGGAUGGUCCGGAAUGGAAGAAUUAAUCGAGUAUGUGCCAGGUACGACCACCUCCUGGUACUUGACGGGAUUCUCUAUUGAUCCGGUGCACGGCUUUGGUAUUAUUAAAAAACCGAUCCAGUUCACAACGGUUCAACCGUUCUACAUCGUGGAGAGUCUACCGUACUCCAUCAAACGAGGCGAAGCGGUCGUGUUGCAGUUUACAUUGUUUAACGAUCUUGGAGCAGAGUACAUCGUGGACGUGACACUAUUCAAUGUGGCCAAUCAGAUAGAAUUCAUAGGACGACCUCUGGAAGAUAAAAGCUAUACCAAAUCCGUACUGGUUCCUUCGAAGGUUGGUGUACCGGUCUCAUUUCUGGUAAAGGCACGAAAGCUCGGAGAGAUGGUGGUACACGUGACGGCCUCCACAAUGCUUGGAUAUGAAGCGGACGCACUCGAGAAGGUGGUUCGAGUUAUGCCAGAAAGUUUGGUACAGCCAAAUAUACAAUCCCGGUUCUUCUGCUUUGAUUCAUACACCAAUCAAACGUUCUCCAUGAAUUUGAACAUUAACAAAAUGGCAGACAAUGGUUCUAGAAAGAUCGAGUUCCGACUGACUCCCAAUCUGCUUACCACUGUAAUCGACAACUUAGACAAUCUGCUUGCCGUGCCAUUGGGUAGUGGAGAGCAUAAUAUGGUAAAGUUUGUACCGAACAUCGUUGUGCUCGACUACUUGCAUGCUAUUGGCUCGAAGGAACAGAGUCUGCUCGAUAAAGCUACAAAUCUGCUGCGCCUAGGCUAUCAAAAUCAGAUGCGCUAUCGUCAGAUUGACGGUUCGUUUGGUGUGUGGCAAAAUACUAUUGGUAGCGUGUUUCUUACCGCCUUCGUUGCAAAGUCAAUGCAAACGGCGUCGAAGUACAUCGAUGUGGAUACGGCUAUGGUCGAGAAGGCAUACGAUUGGCUUGCUUCCAAGCAACACAGCUCGGGAAAGUUCGAUGAGGUCGGGUCCGUAAUCCAUCAAGAUAUGCAAGGCGGUUUGCGUAACGGCAUUGCACUGACAUCUUACGUACUGAUAGCGCUCCUAGAACAUGAGAACGCCAAAGUGAAGCACGCGGUAGUGAUUCAAAGGGCAAUGAGCUACUUAAGCGACCGCGUGGAGAACAUAGAACAUCCCUACGAUCUGUCCAUAGCGACCUAUGCGUUGAUGUUGAAUGGGCACAGCAAGAAGAAAACGGCACUUGAAAAGCUUGUGGGAAUGGCAGUUCCCUUGAAUAAAGAUGGAGAGCGGUACUGGAACACGGCAAAUAGCAUCGAGACUACCGCUUAUGCUUUGCUGUCUUUUGUCAUGGCGGAAAAAUAUGCGGAAGGUAUUCCGCUGAUGCGCUGGUUGGUGAACCAACGCUACGUUACCGGAAGCUUCCCGCGCACUCAAGACACCUUCGUGGGACUGAAGGCACUGACCAAGUUGGCGGAAAAAAUCUCCCCCUCACGAAACGAAUACACCGUACAGCUGAAGGGUACAAAGCCAACCCAAUCAAAACGAAUAACAACAAUAACGGAACAUUUGCGCAUAAACUCCGGAAAGAUCUACCUGCAUAACAAUAAAACCAUACCGGGGGACACACAGACUUUAGAUGUCAAUGUUGCUGGUAUCGGGUUCGGAAUGUUUGACGUGAUUUAUGAAUACAGUUUAAAUCUUAAAAAUUUCAAAAAGCAAUUUAAUUUGAAGCUUAAGCCACAAAACACGGGCUCCAACUAUAAGUUAUCCCUGGAGGUGUGCGUCAACUUCAUACCGGUUUUGGCCUAUACUCGAUCAAACUUGGCAACGGUCGAGGUGAACUUACCCAGCGGGUACGUUGUCGAUCGGAAUCCGAUCAGUGAACAGACUACCGUGGAUCCGAUUCAGAACAUCGAGAUUAGAUACGGCGGUACAUCCGUUGUCGUGUAUUACAACAACAUGGGCAACGAACCGAACUGCUUCACCGUGACUGCUUACAGACGGUUCACGGUGGUACUGAGACGUCCAGCAUACGUGAUCGUGUACGAUUCUGUCAACUCAAAUCACAAUGCCAUUGAACAGUACGAAGUGGACAACCAGAAUAUUUGUGAAAUCUGCGACAAAGGUGAUUGCCCAAUGGACUGCAAUAAUCCGUAA